UGCAGAACAAUGGAGGGUUUUAACCAUUCCAGAGUAUCUGAAUUCGUGUUACUUGGACUGACUGAUUCUUCUGAGCUUCAGAUAUUCUUCUUCGUAGUUUUUUCCAUCUUCUAUUUAAUGACUAUGUUUGGCAACUGCCUUAUUUUGCUCACUGUCCUAUCCACCUCAAACCUUCACUUGCCCAUGUACUUCCUGCUCAGCAACCUCUCUCUCAUUGACAUGUGCCUGUCCUCCUUUGCCACGCCAAAGAUGAUUAUGGAUUUCUUUGCUCAGCGCAAGACCAUAUCCUUUGAGGGUUGCAUUUCUCAGAUCUUUUUUUUGCAUCUUUUCACUGGGACAGAGAUUGUGCUGCUGAUCUCCAUGUCUUUUGACAGGUACAUCGCCAUAUGUAAACCUCUCCAUUAUUCAACAAUUAUGAGCCCAAGAGUAUGUGUUGGGCUUGUUGUAACUUCUUGGACAGUGGGCUUCCUGCAUACGAUGAGCCAGUUGGCUUUUACUCUCUAUUUACCCUUCUGUGGUCCCAAUGUGAUAGAUAGUUUCUUCUGUGACCUUCCUUUGGUCAUCCAGCUGGCUUGUAUAGACAUAUAUGUUCUUGGGAUCUUCAUGAUCUCAACCAGUGGUGUUAUUGCUCUUAUAAGUUUUCUGCUUUUGCUCACUUCAUACAUCAUUGUUCUUGUCACUAUCAGGGACCAUUCCUCCACAGGCUCAUCUAAGGCUCUUUCUACCUGCACUGCACAUUUCAUAGUGGUAUUCAUGUUCUUUGGGCCUUGCAUCUUCAUUUAUGUGUGGCCUUUCACAAAUUUCCUGGUGGACAAAAUUUUGUCUGUUUUCUAUACCAUCUUUACUCCCUUUCUGAAUCCACUAAUCUAUACUUUGAGAAACCAAGAAGUAAAGACAGCAGUAAAGAAGAAACUAAGUAAUCAAUAUUUCAGUUUUGGAAAAACUACUCCAAGAUAUUCAGUGCAAUGA